AUGCCAGGGGCCCGCCUUGGGUUGCUGGUCUGCGUCCUGGCCCUGCACUGCAUGGUCAGAGCCUAUCCCAAUGCCUCCCCACUGCUCGGCUCCAGCUGGGGUAGCCUGACCCACCUGUACACGGCCUCAGCCAGGAACAGCUACCACCUACAGAUCCACAAGGACGGCCAUGUGGACGGCACACCCCAUCAGACCAUCUACAGUGCCCUGAUGAUCAGAUCGGAGGAGGCUGGCUUUGUGGUGAUAACAGGUGUGAUGAGUAGGAGAUACCUCUGCAUGGACUUUAGAGGCAACAUUUUUGGAUCCCAUCACUUCAGCCCCGAGAGCUGCAGGUUCAGCCAGCAGACGCUGGAGAACGGCUACGACGUGUACCACUCGCCGCAGCACCGCUUCCUCGUCAGCCUGGGCCGGGCCAAGCGGGCCUUCCUGCCGGGCACCAACCCGCCGCCCUACUCGCAGUUCCUGUCGCGGCGGAACGAGAUCCCGCUCUUCCACUUCCACACGCCCGCGCCGCGCCGGCACACGCGCAGCGCCGAGGACGACAACUCGGCGGCCGACCCGCUGGUCGUGCUGAAGCCCCGGCCGCGCCUGACGCCCACGCCCGCCUCCUGCUCCCAGGAGCCGCGCAGCGCCGAGGACAACAGCGUGACGGCCAGCGACCCGUUCGGGGUGCUGCUGAGCAACCGGGUGAACGCGCACGCGCGGGGGCCGGGCGGGGAGCGGUGCCGCCCCUUCCCCAGGUUGACCUAG